UUCUGCAAACACACCGGAAAUGAACAGAAUGAGAAGUCUAUCAGUUAUCUUGGUGGCUGUGGUGCUAUUCGUGGGACUUUGCCAGGCAGCGCCUCAUGGUGUCAAAAAUCUAGCAUCUCAAGAGGCAGGCCCUCGUUUCGCCAAUCCGCAACUACGAGUAUUAGAAUCAGAUGAAAGAAAUAAGCGUGAAGCGAACGAACAAGUUGUCGGUUUCGGUGAUCUACAAUCACCAGUAUCAUUUGAAGGAUUUGGAUUGAUUAGGCCAAGUCUAGCUAGCAGUCUCUCGGAAAUUAUUAAAACGUAGAUGAAACCAGGAAGUUGAUGGACGAGAAAGCAUAUUCGUUUCUCAUUACAUGUUUAAAAUUAAUUUAUUGUUUAAAAAACACACAAAUAUAUUAGUAUUCAGUGUAUAUAUUAUAAACCUAUGCAAAUGUUAAAAAUUUUCUGCACAAAUAUACUUCAAUAA